UGCUGGCUAGGUUUUGGCGAUGGCGCGUUCUUCGACCGAUCGGAGGGCGGGAGCGCUGGGAGAUUUCGAUGCGCUCCCGGAUGAGCUGCUGUGCUCGGUGCUUGGAUUGCUGGAGCCGCGCGACAUUGGCGCCAUGGCGUGUGUUAGCAGCGUGUUCUAUGUACUGUGCAACGAGGAGCCGCUGUGGAUGCGGAUUUGCCUGUCGAACCGAGAGCGCGUCGAUUCUCUCGUUUACAAGGGCUCUUGGAAGAGGACCGCUAUGAAAAACAAAACUGGAAAACUCAAUGACAAAAUCGAGCAGCUACAAUUCAAUGGUUUCACCUCCUUAUACCUUUAUCGAAGGUGGUAUCGGUGCCAUAUGUCGCUCGAGAAUUUCUUCUACGACGCUGGAGCUAUUGAAAGACGGAAGGACUCUCCUAUGAUGUCUUUGUAAAACUACGAUGUUCAGAAACCUGUUCUCUUGACUGAUCUGGCUGAGGACUGGCCUGCGAGACGAACUUGGACGAUAGGCCAACUCGUCCAUCGCUACGGUGACUCCGAGUUCAAAGUUUCUCAAUCAUACGGGCAAAGGAUACGCAUGACGCUGAAAGAUUAUGCUGAGUAUAUGAGGUCCCAACAUGAUGAAGAUCCGCUGUAUAUAUUUGACUCUUCUUUCGGUGAAUCUACUCCGGGUCUCCUAGAAGAUUAUACAGUACCAUAUUUGUUCAGGGAAGAUUUAUUCUCCGUUCUAAGUCCAUCGCAGCGUCCACCAUACAGGUGGCUUGUUAUUGGUCCUUCUAGAUCGGGUGCUAAUUGGCACGUCGACCCUGCUCUUACAAGCGCCUGGAACGCACUUUUAUCUGGGAGAAAGAGAUGGGCAUUUUAUCCUCCUGGGAGAGUACCGCCUGGUGUGUUCGUUGAUGUGAACGAAGACGACGGAGAAAUUCAUUAUGAUGGUCCAACAUCUCUUCAGUGGUGGAUGGAUGUUUAUCCUUCUCUGGAUAACGACAGUAAGCCUUUGGAGUGCACACAACUUCCCGGGGAGACGAUCUUUGUUCCCAGUGGCUGGUGGCAUUGCGUGCUGAAUAUCGACGAGACAGUUGCCGUCACGCAAAACUUUGUGAACAGCAGGAACAUGGAGCUUGUAUGCAUCGACAUGGCGCCGGGGUUUCAUCACAGAGGUGUUGCUCGUGCUGGUCUUUUGGCAUUGGACGAGGAUGAGUUUGAAGGCGAGCAUGAUUUUACAAAUCCAGAGUUUCUCAAGAAACACAUAGGCCCGCACCCUGAUCACUUUUUAUCCGAAACCAGCGCCGAUGGAAUGCUGAACAAAAGAGAUUUCCGUGACUGGCUUCGAAAACUUCAAGUUGAGAGGCCUGAUUUAAGACAUCAAAUUUGGAAGUGUGCUUGUCUAGCUAUCGAUGCGGGUACAUGGCAAAGAAGAUUAAGCAGCAUCUGCAAUGCGCACGACUUCUAUUUCAAGGAAGAUCAGCACAUUCCUGUUGGUCAUGGCAGUAGCCCGGUUUACCUGCUUGAUGAGUAUGCAAUCAAGAUUUAUAUACACGAGGACGGAAUUGUCACUGCCUUGCAAGAGAUUGACCACGAGCUCCAAUUUUAUGCUUUACUUCGAGAAAGCGCAUCGCCCUUGGCUGAACAUGUUCCGGCUGUUAUUGCCAAAGGCAUUGUUUACGAAGAAGGUGAACUUUUCAGAGCAGUUCCUUCUGUCGACAGUGGUGAAAUACUUUCAACGGGAAUGUCUAUGGUAAGCUCCAAAGACAGCCGAGCAUUUUGGCCAUACAUUGUCACAAGGCGGUGCCCGGGACAAAACUUAGCUCAUUGUCGAGGCAUGAUGAAGGACGAUGAUUACAUUGAUCUGGCAUCUUUUCUUGGCUGUCAAUUACGACACCUUCAUACACUGUCGCUUCCGAUGAGGGAAGAGCCCGUCCUCGGCAUGCCCGACGUACCGCAAGAAUGGACACACUUUGUGGCCAUGCUUAGGCAGCAUCGGCAAACACUUGCGAAACGUCUCAAGGAGUGGGGCUCGGUGCCGCGGCAUUUGCUAGAAAAGGUCGAGGAUUACGUCCCCAAGGAUCCUGUCGUGCUUAUAGGCGUUGCGAAGGUUGAGAAUGGCGCCGCUGUGCCGUCGCGCAGCGCGGCUUGGCUUCACAUGGACAUUAUGGAAGACAACAUCCAGAUGGUCCCUCACGCCAGUUUGGACGGCUUCCAAAACGAUAGACGAGCGAUGCAGGCGAGAUACAUCUUCGACUUCGGCGACCUCCGACGCGGAGAUCCCCUCUACGAGCUGGUCCCGCUGUUCACGGACGUCCUGGAGGCCAAUGUGGAGCUCCUGGAGCACUUUCUCGAGUCCUACAAGCUCGACCUCGCGGUGGAGGGCGUGCGAACUUCGUAUCGAGCAAUGUGCUAUUGUUUACUGUACAAAUACGACGCAAUGGAGGCCAUAUUCCGUGGCAGCAAAGAGCUGCGCAUGGUGGAAUCAUGGCAUGAGCUGGAGCUCAUUCUCUGGGGCAUGCUCAACGAAUAGACAAAGGCCGUGCUCGUGGGGACCAUGGAAGUCGUGUGUGUGUGGGGUGACGUCAGCGGCAGACGUGGAGUGACGCGUGGCGGGGUUGGGGUUUAAGCACCAGACAAUCACAAGACAACGCAGCUUUUAACAAGAGAAAACGAGACCCCGUUCCAUCCAAUCCACCAUCGAGGAAGAGGGAGGAAAGCCAUCUCCGGCAUGGACUAAUAUAUAUAUAUAUAUAUAUAUAUAUAUAUGUAUAGAUAUCAAAGAUGGAGCUAUCAAUCACCAGUGGCACCACCGAACAAUGACACACGAAGAGAGGAAGAAGAAAAAUAAACAUUGAUAUCAAGAGCAAAGAUUGCACAGCUCUUUGAAGUGGACACGGGCCAAUCCAAGCAAUUUGCUGACCUCUCUAGAACUGUGGAGGUGGUGGAGGUGGUGGAGGUGGUGGUGGUGGUGGUGCUGGGCUCCAAAGUCCAGACUCUCCAGACUCUCCAGAGAGGGAGGGAGAGAGAGAGAUAGAGGAGGUCCCAUCUCUGCAAGCGAAAAAUCUUCACGAAUCUUGCUCUUGUUGUUGGUGUUGUUGCUAUUGCUGCUGCUGCUGCUGCUACGGGUGAUGAUGGUGGUGAUUGAUGAUUUAAUUGUUGUUGUGGCUGGUGGCCAUUUGUUUGAGCGCGGUAAACUUUCAACGAUUUGCCACCGCGAGGACAAAAUAUGAUACUUGUCUUCUGCUAAGCUAGCAGCUGAAUCCUCAA